GCGUGGGAUCAGCAGAAGGCAUAAGUGCCAGUCCAGUGGAGACGAUUUGAGUGGCAUUCAGUUAGUCCUGCUAAUGUCCCACGUACUUGUGGUAUCCCUAACACUGUGCUGGGUCUAGAAGCUCACCAACAAAGCUUUUGUGUCGCUGAAAAUAGAUGCUUUUUAAUCUCGGUUGGCGUUCGAUUUGAGUCUAAGUGGGGGAGGCCAAAAUUGAGGCACUUGGAAAUUGGAAUGGUUUGGGGAAACUGCUACUGAUUCUCUGAAAUUUUAAAUAAUUUAAUCAAAAAUAACAGAAACAGUUAGAAAAGAUUUUGGGUUUAACUACUUCGGCAGUCGAAACCAGUUUGCCUUCGCAAUAAAUUAUGCGAACCGAGUGUCCUAGGCAUUUGAACAAGUUCAAGAGCGCUCUGGCGAAAUCGCAUCUGGCAAUGCCGGCCAGGAGUUCCCAGCAGACGUCUCCUGUACUCCGCUCGUCAGUGGGAGGCGCUGGCAUCCUCGCAUCCUGGCAUCAUGGCGCGUAUGAAACACAAGUCCCCAAAUCCCGACUGCCAAUUUUUCCGUGUUAAAUAAUUCAAGUACAUACACACACAGAGCGGCAGGCGGACAGCACGCAAACGCACACCAGUGUCCGAGGCCCGAAGUUUUCCGAACGAGAGCUUUCGCUCCCGUUACGCAAGAAAGUUUUCCGACUGCGAAGGAGAGCGAGUUCGGGUGGAACUUUCUCUACAUGUGUUUGUGUGUACAUGUGUGGGUGUGUGAGUGGCUUUCCCUGAAUGUGAAUGUGCUUGCUCCAAUUUCGAGAAUGGAGAUGUUACGCCGCAACUUCGGCUCGCAUUUUCCCGUUUUCCGAAUUUAGAGUUCGCUCGCCGGGCAAGCGGAUUCAAUACGCAAGUUUCAGUUAAGCGCGCCGGACGUUUGACUCGUGGUCCGUUCGAGGGAACAACGUCGUGCGUGCGUAGUAGUACACGACCAUACACACACACACAACCCCAUACAGAGCCGAGCUGCCGAGCUGGGAGCUCGUGGCGUGUAGUAAAACUCAUUAAAAAUCAACUUAUUCAAUACUAUUUCACGCACACGGGGCGAGGGAAAACGCGCGCGUUCAACAGAGGUCCCCAAAAACCGACUCAAGCGAAAUCCUCGUCAUCUUCGAGGGCGGACUCUAAAAAUUUCUGCACAAAAACGAACGGAGUGCGGCGGUAAAAGUUAAAUGUCGCGUUAAACUGCCUCGCGCGAUCAAUACCGAAAGAGGCAGCAGAAAACGACAGUCAAUUAAAACGGUCUUAGGGAAUACAUACAUAUUAUUUUUUCAAGGCAGAAGCAACUCUACAACUAGAAAAUGGAAAGCGGAUAAGGCCAUAACCGGGCAAAACAAAGCGAAGAAAUGAUACAAUUGGAACUAAGCCUUAGGACGUGGGCUGCAGCAACAAAAUACGUAUCAAAUCAAACCCUGAGAAGCAGUUACGAAACCACCGAAUCCGAGCAAGGAUAGAGAUACAGCGAAUUAGUAUACAGGGAGCAUAGCUCGAGUGGAAACCAAUCGAUUUUGGUGCCGCGAAAGCAGAAACUAUCUCGUAAAUUAGACAACUAAACAUAUCCCCUCCACGGUCCACAAGUAUAGUGGACAUCGCGUUUCAACCUCCUACCGUCGAUGCAAAUCAAGCAAGUUGGCUGCAACGAAAUUAAUGUGUGAUAGCGCCACCACAGGAUGUUUCCUGACCAGAAGCAGCCAUCGCAAGGAGAAUGGAAGAUCAGUUCCUGAUGUCACUGCCAGCCCGGGAAGAGCCCCGCCCGGCCCGCUGCCCGCCAACCAGGUGUCCUCGCUGGGCAGCCAGCAGCAGCAGCACCACGGCAACCAGCAGCACCAUGCCAACCAGCAGCAGCACCACGGCAACCAGCAGCAGCACCACGGCAACCACCGCGGCCCGGGCGGCAGCCUCUCGAACGCCGCCGGGGUCAAGGACCCGGUGAUGCUGCAGGGCGACUUCCGCAAGGUGAGCGGCAUCAGCUCGGAGAUCUUUCGCCAGAUCGAGGCGGUCGAGAACGACCACGACCCCAACACGGCGGCGGCGCUCGAGGCGGUGGAGCGGCGCGGCGAGAUGAUCGUGCGCGUCCUCGAGCCGCGCUGCAUGGGCAGCAAGCAGGCGGUGGACGCCGCCCACAAGCUGAUGAACAAGGCCGACGGCCGCCACACGGUCCAGCUGGUCGAGAUCGUCAAGCGUCCCGGCCAGACCCUCGGCCUCUACAUCCGCGAGGGCAACGGGGCGGACCGCACCGACGGCGUCUUCAUCUCCCGCAUCGCGCUCGAGUCGGCGGUCUACAACAGCGGCUGCCUGCGGGUGGGCGAUGAAAUCCUGGCGGUGAACCUGGUGGACGUGACCCACAUGUCCCUGGACGACGUCGUCAUCAUCAUGUCAAUUCCGCGCCGCCUGGUCCUGGCGAUCCGCCAGCGGCGCGGCAACCGGGGCACCGGCUCCCCCGGACCGCCGACCCUCUCGCGGCCGGAGCAGAAGCCGCCGCCGGUGGUCGUGAUCAAGCGGGACCUGAGGGACGAGGACCUGGACGAGACGGACCGGAUGCCGAGGCCGCGCUCAUCACGAGAAAGACGUACAGGAGACGGCCGCGAGAUGACCGAGUCGCGCUCCCGCCUCGGCCUGGGCCUCAACAACUACAGCCCGCAGUCGGAGCAGCUGGACAUGUACUACAACGCCCGCGGCGGCGGCGGAGGGGGCGGGGCCAUGGGCGAGCCCCCCAACUGGGGCUACAAGCCCCCGCCGCCGCCCUCCUCGGUGAUCACGGAGCAGCCGACGAAGGGGCACGCCUUCGCGCCCUCCCACGCCUACUACCAGAAUGCGGGCACCCUGGAGAGCCUGGCGGAGAAGGUGCACGCCUUCUACCCCGGCCAGCCUGGCGCCCCGCCCCCCGUGGGUCCCUCGCGCCGCAUGUCCACCGGCACCGGGAACGUGGGCCUCGCCCAGCAGCACGCCCGCUUCCCGCGCUCCGGCUCCGACCAGCACUUGCCGCGCGUCGAGUACGCCGACUACUCCAACUCCCUCGGCAGGCACUCGCUCCUGCGCUCGAGCCUGAAGCCGAGCACCGCCGGCGGAGCUCCCAUGCCGGUGGGUGGGGGCACCCUCGGGCGCUACGGGCGCUACGACCAGCAGCGGGCGGGCGUGUCCAAGUACGGGCCGCCGGGCGGCGGGGCGCAGUCGCUGACCCGACGCUCCCGGCCAAACCUGGACUACUCCAGCGACACCGAGGCCACCAUCGGACCGCGGCCGAGCUACUACUACUACAACAGACCCGCCAUCGGCAGCAUGCCGCGGGGGGCGGGCGGAGCCGGCGGCGGAGUGGGCGCGGCGGCGGCGGCUGCUCUGCUGGCCGGGGCCGCGGACCUCAACAAGUUCAACUCGCUGCCCAGGGAGCGGCCCGGGGUGCGGCUGCAGGGCAUCCGCUCCAGGAUGGGCGACCGCCUGGUGGACGAGAACGACGGCAACACCUCGGCGCCCGAGUUCGACGCGCGGCGGGGCAGGGAUCUGCGGCAGCGGAUCACCGCCAGCCCGUCCAUUUUCACGGCGGACGAGUACCGCGCCUGGCUGCGCAGGGCGCCCAGCAGCUCUGCGAUCGCGGAGCAGAUGCGGAUGACGCGGGACAUGUUUGCGCAGCCGCGGGCCCAGCGCUUCUCCUGCAGUGCGGAGAACAUCCACGACGCGCUGCGAAACACGGAGAGCAUCUACUCCAGCAGGACCCACAUCCUCGGCACCGGCACCCUGGACCGCAACAUGGGCCUCACCAGGCCCAUCUCGGCGCUGCCCGUGCGCUCCAUGUCCUCGCAGCACAUCGGGGGAGCGGGCUCCAUCCGGUCGCCGAGCAUCCGCCGCAUGCGGCAGCUGCUGGAGCUGUCCGCCGGCCCCGCCAGUCCCAGCGGCAGCAUCCUGAGCACAGGGGGCCACCAGAGCCCGGCGCCGACGCCCAGUGCGACGCUGCCACGGCCCCACCGCCAGAUCGACAUCAACCCGGCGGAGUUCGCCAAGUACAAGCUGGACAAGCCCAUCGUGGACAUCGGGGGCAUCUCGGGCAUGCUCUGGAUCCACCUGCUCGCCGGCCGCGGCCUGCGCACCGCUCCUGAGGGGGCUGGGGGAGCGGGGCCGCCGGGCCAGACCAGGGACCUCUACUGCGUGAUCGAGUGCGACCGCGUGCACAAGGCGCGGACGGUGGUGCGGUCCGGGGACCUCCAGUUCGACUGGGACGAGUCCUUCGAGCUGGACCUGGUGGGCAACAAGCAGCUGGACGUGCUGGUCUACUCCUGGGACCCGCAGCACCGGCACAAGCUCUGCUACCGCGGCGCCAUCUCGCUCUCGUCGAUCCUGCGCCAGUCGCCGCUCCACCAGCUGGCGCUCAAGGUGGAGCCCAGGGGCACGAUAUACAUCCGCAUGCGGCACACGGACCCCCUGGCGCUCUACAAGCGGCGGGGGCUGCCCAGCCUGCGGGCCGGCUACCCCACGCUCUUCGGCGCCGACCUUGAGACGGUGGUCAACAGGGAGUCGAAGAACGCGCCCGGCUGCGCGCCGGUGCCCAUCGUUCUGAGGCGCUGCGUGGAGGAGGUGGAGCGCCGCGGCCUGGACAUAAUCGGGCUGUACCGCCUCUGCGGCUCCGCCACCAAGAAGCGGCUGCUGCGCGAGGCCUUCGAGCGCAACAGCCGCGCCGUGGAAUUGAGCCCGGAACAUGUUCCUGACAUCAACGUCAUCACCGGCGUGCUCAAGGACUACCUCAGGGAGCUGCCGGAGCCGCUGUUCACGCGCUGCCUCUUCCAGAUGACGGUGGACGCCCUGGCUGUCUGCCUGCCAGACGACCCGGAGGGCAACGCUAAGCUGAUGCUCAGCAUUCUCGACUGCCUGCCGCGGGCGAACAGAGCCACGCUGGUGUUUCUGCUGGACCACCUCUCGCUGGUCGUCUCCAACUCGGAGCGGAACAAGAUGUCCGCCCAGGCGCUGGCCACGGAUGGGCCCCCGCUGAUGCUGCAUUCGGCGAGUGCGCAGCCGGGCGCUGACAUCGAUCACGCCCAGCCGAUCGCGGUGCUCAAGUACCUGCUGCAGAUCUGGCCGCAGCCGCAGGCGCAGCAUCAGCAGCUGGCGCAGCACAUGGGCGGCGCUGCGGGGGCGAUGAUGGGCGGCCUGGCCUCCGCCGGGAGCAUGAGCAACAUGGCCGGCGUUGCUUCAGGUCGGCGCGGCGAGUCAACAGGGCAGCGUGGAAGCAAAGUCAGUGCGUUGCCAGCGGACAGACAGCAACUUCUACUGCAGCAGCAGGCGCAGCUCAUGGCGGCGGGCAAUCUUCUGCGCUCGUCCACUUCGGUAACCAACAUACUCUCCCAAGGCCAUCCUCAGCUCUCAGCCACAGCCAACAGUCAUCUGUAUCAAUCAGUAGUGGGUCAGUUAGCUCAAUCGCAUCGAGCCUUGCAACAAGCGGUGCAACAGCCCUAUCCAUUGGGGGCCUCAGCGGGCUCAGCAACUCCCGACCCAUCGCCACUGCCACUUCCCGGCACACCCUCCCCCGGCAGUAGUUCGGCGUCGACGGGCUCGGGCUCCGGAUCCGGGUCGGGUAAAAGCACGGACACCAUCAAGCGCGGCGCCUCGCCCGUCUCCGUGAAGCAAGUGAAGAUAGUCGACCAGCCCUCCAGCCCCUACUCCAUCGUGAUGAAGAAGCCGCCGCUGCAGAAGGACGCGCCCGUCGAGAUCACCACCCCCACCACCCAGGCGGAGGCGGCCCUCUCCCUGGGGAGCAGCAUCGGCAUCAGCAUUAGAGACAAGGACAGCAACGGCGCAGCCGCCCGCCGGGGAAACGUGGACUUCUACGAGCCGCACAGGGCGCAGGCCAAGAGCGCGCUGGCCGAGGAGCCCAGCUACAGCUCCAAGCUCGCCGGCUUGGAGGCCAAGAAGAGCGGCUUCGCGAGCGGUGGCUACGCUCCCAGCAAGCCAAGUGCGAGUGCGAGUGCGAGUGCAAGUGGCAGUGGUCUCUUCGCCGGCGAGGACUACAAGGCCAUGCGAAACAAGUCGAGCGCUACGUCCAGCUCCAGCUCGUCGCAGGCCACCGUGCUGAGCGCCGGCUCCACGGCCACCUCGGCCCCGACCACCUCCUCGGACGACUCGGACGACCUGGUCUCCUACAAGUCCUCGGCCUCCACCAACGCGCUUCUGGCCCAGUCGCAGGCCAUGACCACCAGCCAGCUGAUGUCCAAGUAUCUGAAGCGGGAGCCGCGCGUGCAGUUCACGCCGAUCAAAUCGCCGGACUCGCCCUCGCCCCCGGGAGGCGGCGACGGUCUGCCCAAGGGCACCUACCAACUGGUCACGCCCAGCCCGGGGUCGUCGAGCAAGCCGGGCGCCACCACUGGGGCCAUCAGCAAGUACACCACCAGCUCAGCGGACUCGCUCUCCAACGCGAGCAGCCAGAAGUUGUCCUCGCCCUCGCGGCUGCCCAGCAGCAAGGAGACCAGCAGACCUGCGACGGCCAGCAGCUCCACCGCCUCCUCCUCGCUGGUGUCCACUGGGCGGCGGCUGUUCGACAGCCUGGCCUCCUCGUCGUCCUCGGAAACGGAGACCAAGACUUACGUAGGCGGCACCGUCGCGGCCAGCGCGGCCAGCAGCACUUCCACCUACGCCAACGACGCCAGGAGCUCCGGCAGCAGCAGUAAGUCGGCGCCGGGGGGCGGGGGGUCUGGACUGGGCUCCGAGCACCGAAGCUAUGGCAGCACGCUCUUCGGCAGCAGCGGCCUGGGCAGCAGCCACAGCAACGGCCACGGCCAUGGCUCCAGUCCCUUCUCCACCAGCACCACCGCCAGCAGCACCACCAAUGGCAACGGGCACGGCAACCACAACGCCAUGCACCUGUACGGCACCCUGCCGAAGAACGGGCCCUCGACGGGGGCUGCCCUGUUCGGCGGGUCGGGCAGCAGCUCAUACCACUCCUCGGGGAGCGGGGGCAGCGGGGCGGGCACCGCCAGCAGCAGCGGGGUGAGCUCCAUGACGGGCUCCACCAACAGCUACGACUUCUACACGAGCAGCAGCUCCGGCGGCAGCGGCGCGCGGCCCUUCGCCAACGGGGGCAACAACUACCACACGCUGGGCACCUACAGGGCCCAGUACGCGGCCACCAACCCCUUCCUGGACGCCUUCGACGAGAAGCCGGGCAGCAACGGGGGUGCCGGCGGGGAGGACAAGCUGGGCGGGGACAAGGGCCACCACAGGGCCUCCGUGAUGGCGGCCUUCCAGUCCUCGGGGGACUCCAAGAACGGGAGUGACGAGUACGACGACAUCAAGUGAGGCUCGAAAUGGGCUGUUGAUCGUGUCGGUCGCGGACUAAUUGCUGGCUUUGGGGGAUUUUGAACGCUUGCCUCCCUGUCCUGAUUAGAUUAGAUGUUUCUAUGCUAACGAAAGAGUGCGAAGUUGCAGGCCAUACAAUGCUGAAAGUUUUAUUUUGGAUGAUUUGAGGCUUAGAACCCUACAAGACUCUAGAGAUAGAUAACAACCAAUGCGAGUUAAGGCGACGUAGGGGUGCAAUCUCCACCCCACGGAAGCCACAACCCACGAAAACAAACAGAAUAGGAAAUUAUAUAAUCGUCAAGCUGUACGUGUACGUAUAUGUGUGUUUAUAAAAGACCCUCCUUAUAAAACGCUUGACAGUGGGCAGCCAUGCAGAUAACAUUAAUCCGAAUUCAAUAACAUUUACGAACAGUAUUUUUGAGUGAAGUAACACAUAAAGUGGGGACGUCAGCGUAUACAUUUAAACAAUACAAGGGGAAAGUCUUUAACAAAAGGUUGAUUGCGCAUUUAAUAUUUACAAACCACAAACCAGUUAUAUAAAAGCAUACACUCCUCUAAUCAACAUUAAAUUACGUAAAUUACAUAUUUUUCAAUAUUCCCAUUCCGCAGAAAUGUCUGUAUAUACGAAAAGCUGUCGUUCUGCCACUUUCUAGCUAGAACUAACUCUAACCGCAUCGUUUGCUAUGUGUGUGUUACACUGUGACCAACUUUCUAAUCUAUAGAACCAAUAUACACGACUACGACAUCCUAUCUAAGUUUAAUAUUGGACUACUUUUUGAGCAAUACGAGUAUAUUUGCCUAAAGUGUUUCUAUACGCCUCUUACAUUUACACGCGCAUAUAUACGAUCAGAGUCGGCCGAAUCGGCCCGGUCAAAAGGGAUUGUUCCCGAGCGAAUGAUCAUUCGUGUCCACGUAUGCAGACACCACACGGAUACUUACAUGCAAAUUACAAAUAUAUUAACCUAUCGACGAAUAUAUGUGCUUAGUUUUGUAUGAAACGAAGUCUGAUAUACACACUAAUAUACAACAGUACAGUGUAAUGUUUACAAAUAUUUAAACAUAAUUAUACAAGCAAUUAAAAGAUCGAGGAAAAACUAAUGCUAAACAUGUAUACUUAAAAUAACAAAUUAAACAAGUUUGGCGAUCAAGGAGUAUUUUACAGCAGAUUUUUUCAAAGCUUUUUAUAAUGUAUGACCAACUGUGCUUAACCCCAAUCUUAUAUCGAACCAGAUUUGUAUGAGCUCAUAGAAAAUUCAGAAUCAUAAAAUCGUCGAUGUAAAUACCCAGAAAGUAAUUAACCAAACUGCUAGUCGAAAAAUGAUCAGUUAAAGCUAGAUUUUAGUCAAAGGCGUCGGUGUUAGAUACAGAAUGCUUAGAAGCAGCAUAUAAAUAACCGCUAAACGAGCCGAAAAUAACAAACAUAACGAUUCAAAAACUGAUACAAUUUUUGUUAGCUACCUAAAAGCAUAAUCACUCGUCUUCAUGCAAGUAAAACUUCCUCCAGACACUCAACAAAAUCAAUUGAGCUAAAGAAAUCCAAUUAAUUGUAUUACAGUUUAUAAAAACAUUUUAUAACUAGUCGACAUUUUAUAACAAAAGCAGAUCUGCAACCACGAUUGUGCUUUAUUUGAAUUAACCAAUUAUUACCGAAGUAUUUUUUUAGUCCGAAAAAGAGAGUUCAGAUUUUAAAUAGCAAAUUGUUCGGUUACUUGUUGUCAGAAAUUAUUUAAACAGAGCAAAAGCAUUUAUGGUGUUAAACAUGAUUCUCAAACCAAAGAGUUAUAAACCACAACAUAUGCAACCGCAGGAAAAUCGAUUUUUAUAUAGUGAAUUGUUAAUUAUUGCGUAUGUCAAGUAGAGUUUUUAAAAUCGGAAGUGAAUGAAAGAGUUCGUUUGUGGCGGUCGCAACUUGCGAGUCGCUUUAGCUGCCCAGCCUGUUUACUGAUUUUAAGAUUUUAACGUUAACGUCUUACAUACCAAAGAAUCGUCAAUGUUUCUAAAUCUGUCGCCUUCGUUUUAAACAAGAGUAAUACUCUGAAGUGCCCCAAUAUCUCCCCAACCAGGUUCUCCUAAUUUCUUUACCCCAAAAGCUUUAAUCGUUGAACGACCCGGAGGUUUAAAUAUCAAAUAGUAGCCGAGGAGUAGGAGGAGAAUAUAAUUAUUAGAAAACCCGUGGGUUUAUUUGCGAAUCGUUGUGGCUUCUUAGUCGUAGUUGGCCUAGCCCUAAGGUGUGGAAGGCGGUGGUGAAUCGGAUGUCGUCAGUUGUUGGUGGCCGGAGAACGGUGGUUGGUGGAUGGUGGAUGGUGGAUGGAACAACUGGAAGCUGCGGCUGCGGGGGCGCAAGCUAUAGCUUUUACCGCUUUUAGCUGCUUUUCUGGCCCGUUCCCGUUCGGUAUGUACUUGUUCUUGUACUUAGAUCUCGUAAGCAUAAACUAUGGAAUAUAUAUCACUGUGUCAUAUCGUACAUUUAACGCAAGUAAAGCAACCAAACCGGAAGAUGGUAAACUGUUAACGCGAAGUAUUCACUUAUUAAAGUAUGUAUACAAACCUAAAUUACCGGCGGCCGAGCAGCAACUACAUAAUAUACAAGUUAAAUACAAAACUUAAACUUAACACGAUUGGCAGGCAACCAAGUACUACAAAUUGUAUAUGCAUUUAAAUUAGAAUAACUACGACUAACUAAACAUUAAAUAACUGAUACGAGAAUUAUUCCAAUUGUUAGCUGGCGAAUGACAACGGCAAAUGAAUUGAUAAUUAUGCUAACAUAUUAGGCAUUAAAGUUAGUUAACAGUAAAUGAAACAGAAACGAACUAAUUUACCGAAAUGUAUUGCACAAUAUCGAACACAUAUAAAUAUUAGCGAAAGUAUCUAAGGCUACAACAAGUAAUUCGCAUACGAAUAAAAUCGGAUACGUAGGCAAAAGUUACACAAUACGGAUUUCGUUUAAGUUAUCUUCAAAACUCGAUCUCGAAGGCGGAUCUGCAACUGACCGAUUUAGUGGCGGGACUCCCAAAUAGUUUGGUACUUAAGCAACGGUUUUGAUAACUUGGAUGGAACAUAGUCUAGAAAUAUAUAUCGAAUGUGUGAACUUAUGUAUUAAAUGUGCCUAGAAUUUUGUUUACCUUAGAACCACAAAGAUUCUUUCCGCCCUUGCACCUUUAAUUUCCGCCCAACUUUGAGAGCCUUUUGACUAACUACGGGGAUUUGUUUUGGGUUUUUUGAUCAAUGCGCAAAGAAUGCAAACGAGGUAAAGAUUUCUUCUGUCGAACUUAACAGGUAAAUGGAGACCAAAUGCUCAGGGCUUUAGCGAGUUAUACUAGGCGUAAUAUACAAAACCAAAACAAGGGGAGACCCACCUAAGAACUAAGUGCAACACAUCACGAGCAUACUCCAUCAAACGUUAGGCAUCUAAUUUGAAACUUUAGCUCUUGUCAGUAGCAGCAGAAGCGGCAGGUGCAACACCAACAUCAAGAACAACAACAGCAGCCACAACAGGAACAAUCCAGAAAACAAAUUUACAAAAUCCAAGCAAUCAAUUUGUUGAAAAGACUGAAAACCUUACAAAAUAAUGAAAACGAAACAAAACUUGAAUAACAACAAAACACUCCUAUUGCAAACGCAGCAAGUGCUUAAAGAAAUUGACAUAAAACCAGAAACAUGCGUCAACGAGUAUUUUGGAGAUCCCCAGUCAUAGGAAGUCUCAUAGUUUUCCUUCUGUUUGCGAUCAGUUAAAAGGUUUUAGUUGAUACAUUUUCUAGCGCGUCAUUGAACGAAACAACAUAACAAAUCUUAAAGUAAUAGUGAAUUAUUAGCGAAAAUGAUAAACAUAUUACCACCAGCAUUUUGCUACCUACUUAAUAUGCAAGUUAAAUAAUAAAGUGCAAUACGAAAUAGUCUAACAAAUAGUUCAAAACUUAUCGAAGAGAAGCAGAGUUUUUAAGUAGAGGUGUAAACAAUACCUAAUGUAUCUAUCGCACGGGGUGUUGUGCAAAGUUAAUUCCGACUGUAUUCAAUUUUAAAAUCAUUUUUUAAAAGACCCACCAUACUAGAAGGCGAAAAGAUAGCAAUUCAACUUAAAGUAAACGAACAUCCUUUUUUUUGGUAAGCCUUGUUCUUCAUUUGGUCCUCUCCAUACUAAUGGCAUUUGAACGAAACUCAAGCAAUUAGUAUAAAAUAAUCACUCAUAUGUAUAUAUCUCAAUAUCUUAUUGCGGUUCCACAUACCUAUAACGCAGCAAACAAGCUAAUCCACGACGGAGCAAAGAACAGAUCCCGGAAACUAACACGAAAUUGCGGGGCGUCAUAGGAGAAGAUUCCUUUGAGAGGAUAAUACUCUGAUUUACCACUGCCACAAAAAAAAAAAAAAAAAAAACAAGCAAGAAAAUUGUAACGUUUAUAUAGACAUUAAACAGCCAGUACAUUCGUCAUACAGAUACGCUUAUAGCGUAUAUAUUGAGAAGUGACUAAUUUGAUAUACGGACACGCCGGAAAUUUUCUGCAAUUAUAAAAAAUGCAUAAUGUAUUGGCGGACGUGGAUGCAGCGUCUGUGCGUAUGUGAUUGCCUAGUGAGCAAGUAAACAUAAAAUUAUAAUUUAUUCCGAACAAAAACAAUAACAAUUAUCGCAUAAUUAUGGAAACCAAAAACAUACAAACUAAAAUAGAAAGCGUUCUUUGCGUAAGAAUAAAGCGAUGUUACAUUAUUUAAUGAAAAUAUACAUAUAUACAUAUAAAUACAAAA